AUGGCGAGUGACAAGAUUACUUUUCUCACCAACUGGCACGCCACUGCCUACCACGCACCGCUCUACCUCGCCCAGGCUAAAGGCUACUUCAAGGAGGAGGGUAUCAAGGUUGCCUUGCUGGAGCCCAAUGACCCCAGUGAUGUCACUGAGAUUAUUGGCAGUGGAAAGGUGGACCUUGGUUUCAAGGCCAUGAUUCACACUCUUGCUGCCAAGGCUCGCAACUUCCCUGUCGUCUCCAUUGGAAGUCUUCUCGACGAGCCAUUCACCGGCGUCGUCUACCUCAAGGACUCCGGAAUCACCACCGAUUUCCGAUCUCUCAAGGGCAAGCGCAUCGGCUACGUCGGCGAGUUCGGCAAGAUCCAGAUCGACGAGCUCACCUCCCACUAUGGCCUCACCCCCGAGGACUACACCGCCGUCCGCUGCGGCAUGAACGUCUCCAAGGCCAUCAUUAACAAGGACAUCGACGCCGGCAUCGGUCUGGAGAAUGUCCAGAUGGUCGAGCUCGAGGAAUGGCUGGCCACCCAGAACCGCCCCAAGUCUGACGUCCAGAUGCUCCGCAUCGACCAGCUCGCCGAGCUGGGAUGCUGCUGCUUCUGCUCCAUCCUCUACAUCGGCAACGAGACCUUUGUCCGCGAGAACCCCGAAAAGGUCCGCGCGUUCCUGCGCGCCGUGAAGAAGGCCACCGACUUUGUCAUCGCCGAGCCUGCCCAGGCUUGGGAGGAGUUCAUCGACUUCAAGCCUGUCCUCGCCACGCCCCUGUACCGCAAGAUCUUUGAGCGCAGCUACGCGUACUUCUCCAAGGACCUCAAGAAUGUCCAGCGCGACUGGACCAAGGUCACCGCGUACGGAAAGCGCCUCGGUGUGCUGGACAAUGACUUUGUUCCCAACUACACCAAUGAGUUCCUUGAGUGGACUCUCGAGGCUGAUUCCAAGGACCCUACUGGUGACCAGAAGCGCAUGGCUAAGCUCCAGGAGCAGGUUGCUGUCGAAGGUGGAUUCCAUCGACUUGGUGCCGCGGUCGAGGCUGCUUAA